AUGGGUUCCGACACAGUUAGCCCGCGCUGGGCAGCCUUCGCCCGCGACACCAAUGAAACUAAGAUCCAACUGGCCAUAAACCUCGACGGCGGCAAGUUCCCCCCGGAGACAGAUCCUCGCUUGAUUUCCCAUGUUGAAGCACACGCAAGCCAGGCGAGCAAAUCGCAAUCCAUAAGCGUCAAUACGGGGAUCGGAUUCCUUGACCAUAUGCUGCACGCACUUGCAAAACACGCAGGCUGGAGUCUGGCAUUAGCAUGCAAAGGCGACCUUCACAUCGAUGACCAUCACACCGCCGAGGAUUGCUGUAUAGCCCUCGGCUAUGCCUUCGCGCAAGCCCUGGGCUCUGCAACGGGUCUCGCCCGCUUCGGAUCCGCAUACGCCCCGCUCGACGAGGCCCUUAGCCGCGCCGUGGUCGACCUCUCGAACAGGCCUUAUAGCGUGAUUGAGCUUGGGCUUAAGCGAGAAAAGGUUGGCGAUCUUAGCUGUGAGAUGAUCCCUCACUGCAUGCAAUCGUUUGCGCAGGCGUCGCGCGUCACAAUGCAUGUCGACUGCAUUCGUGGGUUUAAUGACCAUCAUCGUGCCGAGAGCGCGUUCAAGGCGCUCGCUAUAGCCAUUCGCUUAGCUACGAGCAGAGUAGAAGGUAAAGAGGGUGAAGUCCCCAGUACGAAGGGCACGUUGAGUGUAUAG